AUGAAUGAGGCAUUGGAUGGCCGACACAACUCUGUCGAUAAUUGUCUGAAAUGGUGGCAAACGCUGUCCACCCGACUGCCCGAUGAGACCCAACUCAUCGACAAAUGUCUUCAUGUGGUUGCCGUCAACGCCAGGAAUAUAUUGAAAGGCAAAGACAUUAUCAAUGUAUCGGCCGUUGAGUUGACGGCACUGCUCGAGAGGAAUGAUUUGGACGUCAAGGAAAUGGAUGUCUUCACGGCGUGCGUGCGUUGGGCGCAACAGCAGUGCAUCCGACGUGGGCUGGUAUACGAUGACCACAGUCUGCGGCAAACACUGGGGCCCGCCUUCGAUAAGAUCCGCUUCCCAGUGAUGUCUUCCGUCGACUUCGGAUACAUUGUCAACAAAUACCACAAUCUGUUGACCAAAGCAGAGAUCUGUGCACUCCUUGCGUACAUCAACUCCGGUAUAUUCCCGGAGAUGCCGAUCCCUUUCAACGCCAAACCCCGUAUACGAGACACUAAUGGCUACGUCCUGUCCGUUACGGCCAAUCCAUUCGUGCCAGUCUGCUAUCAGUCAUCCGUCCAACCCCUGGGCAGCCCUCAUAGCGCCGGCUGUUGCUCGUCCACCGGCUGCUGUACGCCCACCGGACCGCCCACUCCGCCAGACUACCCACACCUAUCGCCGCGACCAGCGCUACUACCGGUGCCCAUAUCACCGCCGGCCGCCACCUCCUCCUACGCUCGCUCUGCAGUUCAGUCACUUCCCGACCACAGAUUUGCACACUUCUUCACAACCAAUGUGAGUAUCGAGGAACUGGCGGCCGAUCUCUCCAAACGCAAUGGCUAUCACUGGCCGUCAAAUAGUGGACAAUGCCAUCAACCAAUCAAAUCAAAAUUUUGUAAUUUAAAUGCGAACAAUGAAAUCAAUUUGAAUGGCUAUCCGGCUAUUCCUACCGAUGAGGACACCAGUGGUGGUGCUGUCGCUUUGGGAUACAUUUCCGAUGAUAGUCUUCAAUAGCUACUUAUUAUUAUAUAUUUAAGUUUGUGAUUUACAAAAUCAUUAUACCUUAUACUCUAGUUAUUUGUUACAAACAAAUUGUAUUACCCGAAGUGUUUUGAAAUUUAUGUUACCC